CCGAAAACGUUGUGUUGGCCGCUCUCACGUUCCUCUUUGAUGUAACUAAUAUAUGCCCUGAAGCCAUAUACCGAACGAACGAACUAAUAUAUGCCAACUACAGCUGUUGCAAUGUUUAUAAACUAUCUAAGAUCAACAAUGGCAAUACGAGAUGCUUUGAGGUUGAUGAUUAUAUUAUUGCUCCUUGAUGCUGUGCUGGCUAUGACGCCGUCUUCGCCGUCGCCACCGCCUUCCCCAUCACCUUCACCGUUUUCUCCAAUAGUUAUUCCAUCAGCCAAAUAUGGAGAAAAUUACCAACAAAUCAUAAAUACUACUGUCGAAUAUGUAUUUUUAUAUCCUGCUAGCAAUGAAUCACUGGAAACUGCUAGGAUAAAGAUAGAAAGUAAUGCUAUCCAUAGCUUUCCUCUGAUAAUAUCAGUGCGACAAACAACUGGAAUCUUAUCUUGGCAAAUACCAUUGCUAAUUGAUAGUACAGAUUUAAACACUAGAAUAUAUAACAAAACUAGUCGAAUUCUCUGUUCCACAAAAUAUUAUCCAUAUGCAAUAAGAGAUGAAAAGGAACUGGUUAUUGUCAGCAUUUCUACAGCUAGUCAAACAAAUAUCUUUUUUAAUCUUAAUGUAACAGAGAUAACAGAUUUUUAUCUAAGUUCAGGGAUUGAAAAAGUAGUGGAGAUUUCUCCUUCUGAGCCUGUAUAUUAUGGUUACAUCUUCCCAGAAAAUACAGAAAUUACAUCUGUUAUUGUUCGUGUAGAAUCAGAUAAUCAUAUUUGCAUGACAGUGUCUAUUCAAAAUACAUCAUGUCCUGUAUUUGACUUAGAACGAAAUGUUGAAUUUUCUGGAUAUUGGCAGACUGUAAGUAAAAGAGGAGGUAUUACAGUACCGAGGGAAAUUUAUCCACGAGGUUUUUUUGUCAUACUAGUCGUUAAAGGAAACGAUGCUGAUUGCAAUAGCUUAUCUAAUAGCACCUUCCGUACUAAGAAUGUCACAUUAAUUAUAAACCCCACUAUCACCAAACGCGACUAUGUCAUUGCGACGGGAUCAACAACAGCUAUCGCUGUGUUAUUUUGUAUUUCGUAUAUAACGGCCGUUGUAAUAUUUAAUAUUAGAAGGAGCAGAAAGCUUAAAAGACUGGAGACCAUAAAUGAACAAAAUGAGAAUAUCAAUGAACAAGCACCGAGUCCUUCGAUGACGACAGAGAAUGGCCCGAAACAGUGGGACUCUGUGGCAGAAGACUCAUCGUUGGACGAAGACGACAUAGAUAUAAUGGAGGACGCGUUCUCCGACAAGGAUGUUAUACGCACGAAACUGGUGCUUUCGGUGUGCGAUCUCGCUCGUAAGGAACCGAGAAUACUGCGACACAAAUCCCGCCUGUAUUUGUACUAUCUGGCAACGGUCGCGGUGUUCUACACGUUGCCAGUCGUUCAAUUAGCGGUGACGUAUCAACGUGUGCUCUAUACGACUGGAAAUCAGGACAUGUGCUAUUACAAUUUCUUAUGCGCCCAUCCGUUGGGCAUGCUGUCCGACUUCAACCAUGUAUUCUCGAACUUUGCGUAUAUCCUGUUGGGUUUACUGUUCAUCUUCCUAACUUAUUCGCGAGAACACACUGAGUCGAGCAAGGAAGAGGCCAAGUGUUACGGCAUACCGCAACACUAUGGGCUGUUUUAUGCGAUGGGUACCGCGUUGAUCAUGGAAGGUAUACUGUCGGCGAGUUACCACGUGUGUCCUAAUCGCAGCAAUUUUCAAUUCGAUACUAGUUUUAUGUAUGUGAUCGCGGUGCUGUGCAUGAUCAAAAUCUACCAGACUCGUCAUCCCGAUAUAAAUGCUAGAGCGCCCGUGACAUUCGGGAUUCUGGCCUUUAUAAUAUUCAUAGGGCUGAUCGGGGUCUUAGACGGCUCUAUGGGCUUUUGGGUGAUAUUCACCAUACUGCACUUGCUGAUAUGCUUCGUUUUGACUGUACAAAUUUAUUACAUGGGACGAUGUAAAUUCAACAAAAGCGUUUUUAACAGAAUGAUACAGACAUUCAAACACGACGCACGCUGCGGCAUAUGGCAUUUACUACGGCCGCUUUAUCCUAGCAGAUUCGUAAUGCUCGUACUAGCGAACAUGUGCAACGUCGGUCUGGCCGUGUGGGGAAAUCUGUACCAAGAAAGCAACUUUGCUAUGUUUUUACUAAUUAUAUUGAUGUCCAACUUAAUUUUAUACACGUUUUUUUACAUCGUGAUGAAGCUGUGCCACAGGGAACGGAUUCUCCUAACGCCUGCGAUUUAUAUCGUCUUAUCCAUGCUAUUCUGGGGAGCAGCCUUGUAUUUCUUCGUGAACAAGACGAUAUCCUGGGCCCUCAUGCCAGCCCAGUCUCGAAUUCAUAACAAACCUUGCGAGUUACUCAAUUUCUUUGAUUCUCACGACAUAUGGCAUUUUCUCUCGGCGUUAGCAAUGUUCUUCUCCUUCAUGGUAUUACUCACUCUGGAUGACGAUCUAAUAGAUGUACAUCGUAGUCAAAUACCAGUUUUUUGAGGGUACUUUCCCAGCUAGGAGUUGUCAAUAAGUAUUGUUAUCCUAUUAUAUAUAAUUUUAUAAUAUUUUCUAAGGUUGUUCGAAUGUGUGUACAACAAUCUAUGAUAUAGUUAAGAGGGGGAAAGGAGUAAUCAUUGUAUAAGACAAAAAAUUAGCGAUUUUUCUUGUGAUAAAAACGCGUCACAGGUAUCUUUCAUAUGAAAGAUUCGUGCAAACUCGUUUGUAUUAUAGACUGAUGUAAAGAUAAGUAAACAUAUAAAUGCGUACGA